AUGUUGGCACCGCGGCCACCCCCAAGCGACGAAGGCGCCCAGGAGCCCCCAUAUUCUCAGCGUCCUCGAAAAAUCUCCACCGCUUGCGGCGCCUGCAAGCAGAGGAAAACAAAGUGCUCUGGCGGCAACCCUUGCGAGGCCUGUGCGACGAGAAAAAGUCUCUGCGUUUACGAUGCAACUUCUGACCAGCGCCGGAAAAUUGCGAACCACCGAACGGCCCAAGAACUCGCGGACAAGCAGGUCGCGCUCGAGCGACACCAGCAACUUCUAGGAGGAAUCAUCGCAACGGUGCGAGCGGGCGGUCUCAGUGCGACCGAGGACUUGAUCCGUGUCAUGCGUUCAGGCGUCGAUCUAUCACAACUCGCGGCUCACGUUCGGAACGAGUGUCGCGCUAACAUCGCAAUCCAGCAGGCUUUCGAACAGAUUGAUUUCGUCAUCAACGGAGGCACAGAAUUGCCUUCACCAGCCCAGAUGCAAGUUUUACCACGCGAGGGAUCGCGUGGGUCAGAAGAGCAAAGCGACAACAGUUCGACCAGAUUUCCCCCCAGUGACCGACCAAAGAUGGACAGACUGGAAUGGCCACGUUGA